GUGGAUCCCGAAGCAACCAACCUUUCCAGUUCCAGCAUUCUUAUUCUUUGCUAUUGGCGUUCGUCUUGUCGUUCAUCGGUCCUCUCGCAGCAGCGUUUCUGUCGUCGACGAUUUCUCUUGACCUCUCUCGGUUUUUCUCUCUCAAGACGGGAUGAAUUCCCUCUUUCGCUUUCCGACGGAUUCCAACCCGAGCGAGAGCCCUGCUCCGUCGCCCCUUUCGCCGAUAAUCAACUGGGUGAAGAAGCUCCGCCUGACAGUGUCGGGAGGGACCCAGCAGAGCACCGAGACAAUUACCGAGACGGACAAGCAAAAGGGAAGCUGGUGGCCGUUUUCCCUCUUCACACCCAAGGACAGGCAGAAGCAGAAGGCUAACCGACACACACAAGUGAGUCAAGGAGGGAGGGAGGGAGGGAGAACAUGCAUGGAUUUUCUCGGGCUGGGUGAGGAAACCUGAGGGCACGGUGUGCAUGUUGUCUGUUUCUCUGCAGCCUGGCGGCCUCUCGCGGCCUGCUGGUGCACAAGGCGGCACUCAGGGCAGCAAUGCCCGUACUGAACCCCCUCCAGGUCAGGAGAAUCUCCACGCUACGAGCCACCCGUGACUGCUGCCUCUGUGUGUGUUGUGUGUUGUGUGUUGUGUCCUUUCCUUCCGUCAGUUCCGUUGCGCCAGAACCCUCACAGGUGGCUCCGUCGGCUGUCGCCCUACUACCCAUCCCCCUACCCAGUGCCCCUUUCCCAACCUCUGCGGAAGCAGUUCCUCAGGAACGCCCGCAAGGCCCUUCUCGACGCCAACGAACAUGCACUCAAGUUCGGCUACCAGUGGGCGGCCAGGGACCUCAUGCCAGCGCCCCAGACGGUCCCAUCCACUGUCCCCCCGACCCCUCGGUACUGUGAGGUGUCGCUGCCCGCCGUGCGGCAGCUCAACAUCAAGGCGGCUGUCGAGACGUUGGAUAUGCACCAGGCCCGCUUCGCGCGGGGGGCCAAGAUCACCAGCUUCGCGCGUGGCGGGCUGCGCGACGGGGAGAGCACCGGCGGCUCGGUGUUCUUCUACGGUUCUGAGUUCGACUACACCCCCGGGCUCAAGGUCAUUCAGCAGCAGGACCCCUACAUGAUGUCGCCGUAUCGGAGCACCUGGAACAGGGUCAGGCUGACCCUGCACGCCGGCGACUGGGUGGACGUGUAAGUACCCAGCCACACACAACGGGCAGGCAGACAGGCAGGAGGGAGGGAGAAAGAUAUCGAUCCAUCCAUCCAUCCACCUAUUUCUUCUCAAUGUCAGGGCUCUCAAGGAGGACCCCGCGGCGACCCUUCUCCUGACGUUCCUGCCCCACAAGCCCAGCAACCCCUUCGGCUUUCCUGGCAUCGACCCCCAGGCCCUCUCACUGGCCACACACGUGGCGCAGCAGAAGACUCAACUCAAGGACUUCUAUCUGGAGGACCGUGGAGGUCUCGUCGGCCGCUCGGACCUGUGCGAGCACCUGCGGACCGACACAGGAUGGGGCGCGCUGUCCGGCUUCAAGUCGAUCCAAGUGACCUACUGCGCGGGCGUCAACAUCUACAGAGGGCGCGAGAGCAAGGGGUACCCGCUGUUGCCCAAGGCGGCCUGCCUGCCGGUGGCCAUUGUUCAGCCCUCACCCGAGCAGUAUCGCGCCAGCAAGGGAGGGACCAUCGCCGAGGCUGAGGUGGCCAUGACGGCCAUGAUCGAGGCGGCCCUCAGCGCGGCCAUCAUCAACAGCAAGACCACCGUCGUGGUCGACCUCGACAGCUUCGAGAGGCUGGGCGGCAUUCUGUCGUGGAGCCGCAUUCUGGACAGGGUGGCCACCAACUUCUAUAUGCCCUAUCGCUAUAUGCUCAGGCGCAUGCUGCUGGUCAAGAGCUCACCCCUCGACGAGCCUCUGCACCCGGACCAAGGCUACACCGGCCGCAUUGCGGCUAAGGGUGGCGUGGAUGACUGCACGACUCAGAUCGGGCGGCAGGUUCAUGCUGAUGAGCCGGGGUCGAGGUGGCCCGCCCCAACUCGCUUCGCGCUCGACUACUGCGACCUCUACACCGAAGAGGACAUAGCCAUGUGGCUGGCUGAGCUGGAGAACAGCACGGCGUCUCAGAACAGCACGGCCCAGACUCUCGACUAUCAAGUAACCGGCUCAGCAAUUGAGUCGUUCCUUCCAUCGGCCCCUCGUCUCGCUGAUGUUGGUCCUCAGCAUCACAAGCCGCCUCUGGUGGACGCCGCAGACGACACUGACCCAUAUAAGCAGCCGCCGCCCAAGGACCCUGCAGCACACAGGGAAUGGGUGGACGCUAUCUAUGCGCAAUUCGUCCCAGACCCGAGCAGCCCCACCGGCUGGAAGAAGAAGGAGCGGCGGGACAGACUCGCGGGGCAGGAGAAUGGCCAGGCCAGCUAUGGCGGCCCCUCGCACAACGGUCACUACAACAACGGGAGUGGCGUCGGUCAGAACGGCUAUAGCCAUGGGUAUGGCUAUCAGGGUCUUCACAAUGGCCCGGCUGGCGGGGGUGCGGGUCCCCUCAGCCCGUCUCAGCGGCUCGGCUACGGCAGCCCGUCGGAGAGACUAUCGCAGCACAGCGGACGUGCGGUGGGUGUCAACGGCAGCGGCAACAGCGGCCCCCCCUCUCCCUCCCUCCUCAAGCGUCAGAGCGGCCCCAACUGCUUCACCACCCCUCAGGGUGCCUUCGAGUCCAACAAGUGGAAGAUGGAGCAAGAGAAGCAGCACCAUGCGCGGCUUGCCGAGUGGUACAAGGAGGGGGGAUGGCUCAAGCACCAUGUGGAGCAGAGCGACUGGUACAAGCGGCAAAAGGCCCAGCGGGAAGGCCGCUUGCCCACCUGGCAGAAGCUCAUGGAACACCAGAGCCGCCCCAGCGGCAACGGGCACAAUGGGCGGCGGAAGGGCCACCACAACGGCCACCGCAAUGAACACAUCGACAGGCGGCGCAGGACGGUCGGCGGCUACGUGUGCGAGCCCAUCGCAAGAAACCCCGAUGGAUCGGUCAAGACUCACUUCAGCUGCAACGAUUUCAGCUCUGUCCCUUUUGACCCCAACAAGUACAGUGGUGAGUCGGGCCAGAGGGAGCUGUUUCUGAUCCGCAACGGCCUCAAGCCCCCACCCCCCAACGAGCGACACUACAUUGACGUGGACUAUGUGCGGUCUAGGCGCCAGCACGACCCCAACUUUGCCCCUUGGGUUAGUCUGGGCACAGAGAGAGAGGGCGGCAGACAGCAGGCGGGGCAGCAGCCCAGUGGCAAUGAGCGUCCGCGUGAGCAGCAGCAGCAGCAGCAGCCCGCGGUGACGGCGAGCCGCCCGCGCAUGACGCAGCCAUCCCCUGCAUACCGCCGCAGGUGGGAGGAUGACGACUUGCCGGCAGACGGGAGGGGGCUCGGUAUGGGCAAUGGGAAUGGGUCCAAGCGGCCACGGCCACCAACAGGCGGCGGCGGGCGUCUUCUCAACGGCCCGGCAGCAGCGAGUGAAUCGGCCAGUGCCUCGGCGAGUGCAUCGGCCAGUGCAUCGGCCAGUGCAUCGGCCAGUGCAUCGGCCGCGCAGCCAUCGGUCCAUGUGCCUCCUCCCUCGCCGCCGAGCCGACCCAAGAAGAAAGUGCGGUUCAAUGAGGAGGUGCACAUCGACGGGGAGGGGGUGGGCCGGCUGAGCGGCGGCCAGCCCGUGGACGAAGUGGAUGAGGCAAUGGUCGAUACAGAUCGCAGCUCCGAGCAGCAGCAACAGCAACAGCAGCAGCAGCAUCAGCAGCAGCAAGGGUCUAUGUCCAACGGAGUGUCGGCAGAGGAGCAGCAGACGCCCCAGCGCCCCGACAGGAGGAGUCGUGACGACGGCGAGGAAGGGGGGAAGACGCCUGGCGAGGCCAGCCAGCGGCCGUCCAAGCGUCGCCUAUCACGCCUCGAUGAAUAUCUCCAGGUGAGUGAGUCAUAUCUGUCGCACACGGCACGCACAAACAGACCGACAAAGGCACCAAACAUGUGGAUGGGCAUGUCAUGUCGUGUGUGUUGUGUUGUGUGUGCUCAACCUACUCUGCAGUCGCGGCCGUGUUUCCAGCCGUACAACCCCGAGGAGUGGCCCACGGCGUACGGCCCCGCCAUGUGUCACCCCGACAGCAGCAUGUCACCCGAAGAGCGCAGAGAACACGAGCACAUCAUGCUCCGGCGGCCAGCCAUGAACGUCCAGAGCUGCCCCUUGACGGAGGAGCAGCAACGUGAAGUGGAGGAGUGGAAACGCAAGCUGGACCUCCCCCCUGUUCCCCUGUUCUCCGCACCCCCUGCUCAGCCCGCUGCUGCUGCGGCAGCCGCUGCUGCGACGGGUGGGGCGGCGGGUAGCAUCUUCCAGCACAGCGAGCCUGCUGCGGCCGAGACCGGUGCAGCGGCCAGCACUGCUGGGGUCUCAUCUUCCACUCCUGGUGCGUCCACACACAGCCGUGUCAUACACAUGCAGAGAGGCACAAACGCAUGCGGCACUUGGUGUGUGUGGGGCAGGUGUGUCGUCAUCGUCUGGAGCGGGAGCCGACACGAAUGCGUCCACCGCAGCUGUGGUGUCGUCGAGCUCGGCUGCCUCUGCCUCAUCGCAGCCCGCAGCUGCCUCGACCGGGGCUGCAACCAGUGGUGCGGCGGAAGCUUCGUCAGCCAACGCCGACGCGAAGCUAUUUGUCACUGGCGUCUUCGGAGCGGUACCCUCUACGGCCGUCGAUCCGAAUGAGAGUGAGCAGCAGACGAAUGAGUGAAUGCAUGUGUGUGCGCUGCAGCAUCGUGGUGGAUGUGAUGUGUGUUGAUUCGUUCAGAUCCGUUUGUGUCGGGUUUUGCGUCUGGUGGCGGCGCUCAAAUGGCCAAAUCCCGACGCAUGAGGUGAGCGGACACACACACAGACAUAGCGGCAGACACGCGACGACAAUUGAACUCGCCCGUCUCAUUGCUGCCUGUCUGUCUGUUUGUGUGCGCCUUGUAUUGGUCAAUCAUCAGGCGUGGAAGCAAGCCUUGAACGAACGAGGUGGAACCGACCGAGUCGUCCAGCAAGUGCCAAUCACUAUGCGGGUGCGAAUUCGUCAAAGAAUGUCAAUCAAGCACGCACAAGAUGCGGUGCAGCGUCCAAAUGAUAUGCAUGGCCCGCGUGUAAAGACUGACUCACUGACUGACUGAUAGAUACGGCCGCUGGUGUAAGAGUGACGGUGAAGGUUGCUGGCGGACAGUUUUCGCAUUUGUCGGGGUGGGGGUGCAACACGAAAAUCGUGUGUGGGCGGCCUGCCCUGCGUGUGUCAUCUUGGCGCCUGUGACCUGACCCUUCUCUAGUGAGCUCGCUUGAGAAGGGUCAGGUGCCAGAGCGCGAUGUGACAUGCACCCAGGGUAGAAGAAACGGGAAAAGAGCGAUGAUCGCAGACUGGCCGAACUUGCAGAAAGGAAGCAGGACAUUUAACUUGACACACUCGCAACCAUUCACAUGGAUG